AUGUUCUCAGAAGAUUUUUAUAGAUAUAGUGUGUUGACACCUAAUGCAAAUGUUACCUAUACAAGGCUACGAUGGUAUCAACAGCGAAAGAUAUCUCUCAUUAUAGUUCUUCUUAUAUCCCCAGUUGUUAUGUUCUUCGUAUUAUAUGGUAUAUUAUUUGGAUUUCAUCGAAACAUUGUUUAUCCAAAAACUGCAACAAAAGUGUCAUCAGAAACUUUACAUCGAGCACUUACCUACAGUCGUACUGCAGCUGGCAAUCAUACCUAUGAUCCAAUUCCCCAAUUUAAGAUAACUAAAAAAAUUCCCAUUAAUAAAUUCAAGUUGGUGUGCUACUACAGUUUACCAGAUGACUCGAGUUCGCUACAGAUUGAACACUUGGAUCCUCAUCUUUGCACUCACAUCAACAGCGCAUUUGCUCACAUCGUCAACAAUUCUUUGUAUAUGACGGAGUAUCAGAAAGAAAAUUUAAAAAAGAUGGUCAAGUUAAAAGAGGUGAACAAAGAUCUUAAGGUAUUGGUUAGCGUUGGUGGAGCCGGGAAUGUGAACAAUGGGUUUCCUGAAAUGGUUUUUAAUCAUAGUACCAGGAAGACAUUCAUAAAAUCCGUCGUUUCAUUCGUUAAAGAAUUCAAUAUUGACGGAAUAGAUUUAGAUUGGGAAUUUCCAAAUACGAAUAAGCACCAACGAACACGCUUUACGCAGCUAUUAGAAGAAAUAAGGAAAAACAUUAACAAACAACAGAAAAAUCAGUAUCUUUUGACAGUUGCGGUUGCUGCUCCUCUUACUUUAGUCAGUCAAUGUUAUGAUGUCCCAUAUAUGAAUGAUUACGUCGAUUUCAUAAACGUGAUGUCCUAUGACUACCAUUUUUAUUCGAAAUGGACGCCGUUCACUGGAUUUAAUAGCCCCCUCUAUUCCUCAGAAAACGAAAUAUUUAUCUUUGGAACGUUGAACGUCAAUUUUUCGGCGAAUUACUGGAACCAUUUGGGAAUGGACAGGGCGAAAAUCGUAGUCGGACUUCCUACUUAUGGCCAUACUUUCAAAUUAGCCAACUCCAAAAACAAUGGCCUAUACGCCCCAGCCUUCGGCUACGGCCGUCUAGGCAGUUUCGGUUUCGUCGACUACCCCGACAUCUGUAAGUUCCUCGCCGUCAAUCAGAUCUCUCCGGUAUUCGACAUGGACACCAAAAGCCCAUACGCUUCGAAGUUCUACGAAUGGGUGUCAUUCGAAAACACUCAGAGUCUCACUUACAAGGCCGAAUAUAUCAGAGAACAGCGAUUUGGCGGUGCCAUGGUGUGGAGUCUCAAUUCUGACGAUUACAAUUUUAGUUGCCAAAUCGAAGGCAGACAUGAAGGGAAGUUCCCGUUGGUGAAGAGCAUCAAAAAUGCUCUAUUCGGAUAA